GCCUUCCCGCUUCCUCCUCGCCGCCCGAGAACCCGCCAUUUUGAAAACCUUGUUGAUUCCGGGAGGGAGGGAAGAGGGAGAAGGAGAGGGAAAGGGCAAGAGUGGCUGCUGGCCGUAGCGCUGUGCCGCGGCUGGGCGUGUGUGUGUCGCUGCGCCCGGACUCGCCUCGUCCAGCGGUAACUGCCGCCUUCAGCUGCUGCCGCCGCGCCUGAGGAGGGAGCCGGGGCUCGUGCUGAGAAGCAUAUACCAUGUCUUCUGUUGACUCAUCAAAAGAAGAUACAAUGUCGUCAGAAAAAACAGACGAGAAACAACCUGAAACUGAAAACAAAGCUGAGGAAAGUGAUGAAGAUGAAGAAGAGGAAGAGGAGGAAGAGGAAGAAGAAAAGGAGAAGAGCCUCAUUGUUGAAGGAAAAAGGGAGAAGAAGAAAGUUGAUCGGCUGACCAUGCAAGUGUCCUCACUGCAGAAGGAACCUUUUACAAUUACACCGGGUAAAGGACAAAAACUCUGUGAAAUUGAGAGGAUACAGUUCUUUCUGAGUAAAAAGAAGACAGAUGAACUUAGGAACCUGCACAAACUCCUCUACAACAGGCCAGGCACUGUUGCAUCCCUAAAGAAGAAUGUGGGUCAAUUCAGUGGAUUUCCAUUUGAAAAAGGAAGUGACCAAUAUAAAAAGAAGGAAGAAAUGUUAAAAAAAUUUAGAAAUGCAAUGUUGAAAAGUAUCUGUGAAGUUCUUGACUUGGAAAGAUCAGGAGUCAAUAGUGAACUUGUAACCAGAAUAUUAAACUUCCUUAUGCAUCCAAAAUCUUCGGGCAAGCCAUUGCCAAAGUCCAAAAAACCACAAAGCAAAGGUGGUAAAAAAGAGCGCACGAGCUCUGGAACAACAAGAAAAGCGAAACGUACCAAGUACCCAGAGAUCUUGUCAGAUGAAUCCAGUAGUGAAGAAGAUGAAAAAAAGGAAAAGGAUGAGUCUUCAGAAGAAAAAGAAAGUGAAGAUGAGCCCCCAAGAAAAGCAUCUAAAAGAGAAAAAUCUAAAAAGACGACUUCUAAAACCAAGAAAGCUGUGAAGGGUGCAAACGUCAAGAAGGCAGACAGCAGCACUACUAAGAAAAACCAGAACAGUUCUAGAAAAGAAAGCGAAUCUGAGGAUAGUUCAGAUGAUGAACCUUUGAUUAAAAAACUGAAGAAACCACCCACAGAUGAAGAACUGAAGGAAACUGUCAAGAAUUUGUUGGCCAAUGCAAAUUUGGAGGAGGUUACAAUGAAACAAAUCUGCAAGGAAGUGUAUGAAAAAUAUCCUAGUUAUGAUUUAUCUGACAGAAAAGACUUCAUUAAAAAGACAGUCAAAGAGUUGAUUUCAUGAUCUGAUUUGACUGAGGGAAAUGAAGAUUCCUGGGUUUUUGUUUCCAUGGAUUGGAAGAUCUGAUAGGCACCAGCAAAAGGAAUGUGUCUUACCCUUGUAUUUUUAGUCAGAUCUAAUUCUGCUGAUCUAAUGUUAAGAGUGUUAAUGUAAAUUGCUUUGUGUGGUUUUUUUUGUUGUUAAACAGAACUGCAUUUGAUGCAAUUUUUAGUUGAACAUACUUAAGUUUCAUGCAUGGCAAUAAAUGUCCCCUUUUUAUAGUUUUGUACAUUUUGAAUUGCAUUGUAUAACUAGAUUCAUUAGAGGUUCAUUAGAGCCAUCAUAGCUUUUUAGCGUGGAUUACCAGCGUACAGGAGAUUUUAAAAUUUACUAAGAUGAAAGCUGCUUAUCUACACAUAUACAUGCAGAGACUGGAAUAUUGCAGUAUUGGUUACAAAGAUAUUUUGAAUACAUAUUAAUUCUAAAAUAAGAAGAGUUAGUCACAUAUUAAUCUCUUUUAUAUUCUGAUACAUUCUACAGAUACAGAAUUAUUCUGAAGCUCCAUUACAGUCUUGCAUGUGUAGGCACUGAAAGAACUCUCACAGCAUGGUAACUAAUUGGCAGAUAGAUGUUAUUUUUGUACUUUCAAAAGGCUUUUUGUUGUGUAUAUAAAGUUAUUUCAAAUUUCUUUUGUGCAAAUCAGUUUUUUAAUCUUGAUAUCUUUGAAUUUAUGACAUGAAAUGUCAGUGUUCAGCAGUGAGGCAGUGAUAACAAGUGGUGUGCAGAAGUUUCAUGAAAAUGAGCUGAGGUUUCAUGAUGUUUGUCUCCUCUUACCUUGUACAAAAACUAAACUGUAGGUUUAUACCUGUGGAUUAAUUUUAUACAGAGACUACAGACAUUGUUUCAAUGUCUUGGAAGUAGUAAAUAAAAUCCCUCCAAAGGCAAUAGGAAAAUUUCUAGCAUCUCACAAGUGGGUAUCCAAGAUACACAGCUGAAGGCUUGAUAGCUUUGGAAAUCCACAGGAGGGCUUCCAAAUCGGAUAGCACUGAUGUGAACAUGUGUUUAACCUCUCUCCUGUGUGGGAAAGCUUGUCUGAACCUGAGCUUCAUUGCCUCAGCAGGAACAAUGGUACUUGUAAGCCUGCAGUCUUUAGUGGCUGGCAGCUUUUAGGAUCAAAGCAAACUCUCUCUGUAAGUUUUUGUUUAAGUUUUCUCCAUACACCUUGUUUCUAAUAUGGGAAGUCCUACUCUUAAAAUCAUGAAACUAAGAGCUGCCAGAGUGGGGGCUGCCAUUCACACCAUGAGCACAGAAUCCCUCUGACUAGUAUUGCUGGAAAGACAAAGUGUAUUUUUUUGAAUUUUAUUAUUGUACAGUUGAGAAAUAAGGGUUCAUAAAUUAUCUAAAUUCCAAAAAUGUUCAGCCAGUUAGACUGUUGAUCUUACACAGACUUUUGAAUUUCUUUGCAUGUAAUCAUUUAUAAUAAGGCUGAAUGUAAUGGGGAUUUUUUUGUAUUCAAUAAAUGUCUUUCACAAAAAUACAAAUCAGUUUUACUCUAACAUUUGCUUACAUGUAUAGUAAAAAAAAAACCUAUACAGGC